ACUGCGAAAAUAAUAAGCAUUUUGGUACCAAAACUGAUGUAUGGAGUGGGCACUCUAUUACUUCUUAUUUCUCUAUGCUUGUAUGCAGGCAGUCGCAAAGGCAUCGCUUACUAGUGCAGCCCCAACCUUAGAUCAUUCUAUUCAAUGUAAAGAUAAACUUUUACGUCGUGUAUCAGAAAGUUAUUCUUGUUGAUUUUGGGGCUCAACAUCCUUUCUCAUUCACCGUGAAUAUUCUAGAGAAAUUCCAUUGAAACGGAACGUGCACAAAAAAUAAAACAGUCAAUCAAGCGUUUUCAUUUCACGCCACAGAAGAAUGGCGUUACAAUACUUACAAUGAAAGCCUUUCGGGUUUUCUUGUCUCGGCUUAUCCCGAACCAUGCGCAUAUUCCCGCCGCCAACGUUUUACUCCAGUCCAUUCUGUGAGACUCGGCGCUGAGGUCGCCUCUACGGGUACGCGCAAACAUGAAAACUUUGAACGCAACCAUUUGAAUUUGGAACAUUUUAUUCGAAUUGCUGUAACGAUUUGAUUUAUUAACUGCCAAUCUUAAUCUAAAAUGGCAAAUUGUUUGAUGACUUUUAACUUGUGGUAGUGAUUUAAAAGUUUAAAAAAGUUUCUCUAAUUACUUAAAUAUUUUAAUAGGAUAAGAAAGUAGUUUAAAAUAAUAUUUCGAGAUCGGUUUAAGCUGAUGUUAUUGUUGGACGCAUGUGCGUAAAGUGGCCGACUGCAUAAAGAUAAAAUAUGUGGAAAGUUUGGAUACCUGCUACCGUAUGACGCCAGUUCCGGUUAGUCCGUGACCUCAAGGGCUGAAAACAGCUUAAAUCAUUGACGAUGACGUUCUUGGCCCCCAACGGCACACUGCCGUCCUUAGAAGAGAACUCAACAGACAACGAAUACACACCGUACGGCGACCGUUUGGAGACUUACCUGGUGCCCGUGAUAUUCGCCAUCAUCUUCGUGGUCGGGGUGCUAGGAAAUGGAACACUCGUCAUUGUGUACGUCAGGCAUAGGGGCAUGAGGAAUGCACCGAAUACAUACAUAUUCUCCCUGGCGCUAGCAGACCUGCUAGUGAUUCUCAUCUGUGUGCCGUUCGUGUCCAUCAUCUACACGCUGGAGUCGUGGCCGUGGGGCGCGCUCAUCUGCCGCAUUUCUGAGGCAGCUAAAGAUGUCAGCAUUGGAGUGUCGGUGUUCACUCUGACAGCGCUCUCAGCGGAGCGGUACUGCGCUAUCGUCAACCCCUUUAGAAAACUUCAGCUCCGGAAGCUGCCACUGGUCUGCGCAACCUUCAUAUGGGCAGCAGCGCUCAUAUUUGCCACGCCCGCCGCAGUGUUCUCCAACACGGUCACGGUACCCAUCCACAACAACAUGUCCAUCGUGUACUGCACACCCUAUCCUCCUGGGUGGAUGAACUAUCACAAAUGGAUGACACUAGCAAAAGCCAUCAUCUACUACGGCCUGCCUCUGUUGGUGAUCUCUUUCUUCUACUCCCUAAUGGCGCAGCGGUUGUUGGCUAGCACGCGGGAGAUGCCUGGAGCUCUGCACGGCGGACAGGGAGAAGCCCAAGCGAAGGCUAGGAAAUCAGUUGCUUGUAUGGUUCUUAUUUUUGUUAUAGUGUUCUUCAUUUGUUUCCUGCCAUAUCACGCCUUCGAGAUGUGGUUCUAUUUGUCCCCGACCGCUCAGAGUGACUACAACGAUUGGACUCACGCUUUAAGGAUAAUGGGCUUCUGUUUGAGCUUCCUGAACUCCUGCGUGAACCCAGUGGCCCUGUACUGCGUGAGCGGCGUGUUCCGCCAACACUUCAACCGCUACCUCUGCUGUCGGCGAGGCACGCUUCACCCAACCUGCAGCUCCCGUCUCUCUAGGACUGCGGUCUGUGAGACCUCGUUCCGAAGCACGCACCGUCAUAGGUGCAAUAGGAACCCAACAGAAAGCGUUGUGAUAUCCAACUACGACUACGGAAGCACUAAAAAGAAGACCAUCAUGAGCAGGAACAACAGCGAUGCUGUCACCAUCAUGAGCAUCAGAGACACCAACGACUUUCUGACCGGCGACGACAAGUGUAUCAAUAGAUAGGUCAGAUUCCGGGACGCUUUUGAAGAAGUGUAAAAAAAAGACAAAAUGUAGUGUAGAUAUUAAAUGUGCAGCUUAGUGUGGUGUGAGCUAUUUCAGCGGUGAUAAACCUUGAAAGUUAAGGCUUAAGGUUGAAACCAAAUGUCGAGUUAUAGUUAUAAGGUGUUACCUACUGGAGUAACAUGUUUUCAGGUGUUAAUAAUGCUAAUAUGUGUAGAUAACAUAUCUUAGCAAAUACGAUCAUGGCAGUUUAGAAGAACAAAUAUUUUCUUGAAUUAUGUAUAUUUUUACCGUGAGCAGCUACUGCCGUGAUGGCCUUAAUUUGUAAAAAAUGUUUAUAUUCAUUUAUUUAAUACGUUCAGCCGACGUCAAAAAAAAAUAAAAAAUGUGUCGCUUGUCAUAAAGAUGAGAUUUGCUUGUAUCUUUAUAAAAAUAACCUGACAAGACAAGGCGCCUUUAUUGUAAGUGACAAAGUGGGACAUUUUGCCGGCCGCGGUCACAUAUUCCGCCACAUGUCUUGAGAUACAUUUGUGUAGUUUUUGGAACUUCUGGCAUUAUGUUGGAACUAUAAAGAUUGUAAGCUUUGAGUUCGAGCACAACAUUUCUGUAAAAUACUCGAAAGAACAAUGAAAACAAUCUUUGUAAAUAGGUAGGUAGUAAGUAUAGAACUUUGAAAGUUUUUUUAUACUUAAUCUAUUUGCACAGUGUCUCGAGUUAAUUAUUCAUUCGCUGUAAAUAUAAGUAAAAUAGUUCAUCAGUGUCUCAGUUAAGCUUAUAUUUCUAAGUUGCUUUUAGAAUCAGAAAUAAUUUUUAAGAUAAUAUCCAGAAACAGAAAAAAGAAACUUGAAAUAGAAAUCAAAAACGACCCAUUUAAACGGCACGAGAACAAGCAUGCAAUAUUCGAUACAUUGCUAACUACAGAGUACAAUGAAUUCAGUCGAUCGACCAAAUAAAUACCGUAAUGUAACGAAAAUCGCAUGCAAGUUCCUGAUUCUAGAGGGAACAACGGGGCUUAAAGUCAAGGGUGGGUCGAUUUGAACUUUAUAAUCUUGUUAUGAAUCGGCUACCUAUGGAUUUGAAAUUUAUAACCGUUUCUUAAAUAUUAUUGUAUUGUGUGGGGUAUGAUAACCUUCCUUCUGGUUUUAACGAAAAUUUCAAUACUACGUACAAUUUGCAAAACUUGCGAUUUGGAUUUUGCUCUCCACGACCAAAAAAAGCUUAUGAAGUUGGCGUAUGACAUUUACGUUAGCGUAUACAUGAACUCGGUCGUAUUCCCUCUCUUUGCAUCAAUACAUCAGUGCCGUAUGCUAUAUACUGAUCACUGAAUAAAUAAAUUAUGUUAGACAAAAAACAUGCCGAAACUAAAUUACAUGCAUGUAUAAAAAUAAGUAUGUUAUAAACACGGUUAAAUAUCUAUGGUUCUAUCUAGCUAUGGCUGUGAGAACGUUUCUUUGAAAAAAAUGCCUGUUUCAUUAAUUUUGUAUUUUUUCAUACAUUUUGUGUUAUUUCUACUCAGAAUCACGAGCUCUCACGAGAUCCUAAUCGGAUAGAGAAAUGUCCCAGAGAUUUUUUCCUGUUGUGUUACCAUUUCCCCAUAUACUUUGUAUGGCGGUAACAAGAAGGAAAGUUUGAAAAAUGUAUGGAAAUUUUGGAACAGUUUUUUUCUCUUAUAAGGAUGAAAAGGGCUCAUGAUACUGACUAGAAAUAACCCAAAAGUGGCAAAUAAGGUCACAUAAUAAUUAGCAAAAAAAGAAGCGCUCGGGGAUGCAAAUCAAAGAUUUAAAUUUAGUAAAAAAGAAUUUAUCUAAGUAUAGAAUUUUAAUAUAAGAUUACAUUAAAUUACAAAAUAUGUAAUAAAAAUAUUGUAAAUACAUAUUCUAAAAGACCAAAGAUCAAGCAGAUAAAGUAUGAAUGUUGAUGAUUGGGUACAUUUUAUAAUAAAUAUUUAUUGUAGGUAUAUUGUCUAGGUAAAUCUGCUUUCGUUUUGUCGUUUUUUGUCGAAUAAUGUUAUAGUGCUUAAGCCUAAGUACCAAAAUCUACUUUUAUACAGCAUGUUUUCAACGUCUGCCUGCGAAUCCCGUAAAUAAUAAACAAGCCAAAUUGUAUAUAUAUACUUAACAAUAUUUAUUAUCUAUUGCGGGGUGGACUCGAUGAUAAAACUUGUUCCUUGUGUUGUGUCAGACCUAGUCAGGAAAUCCUACUUUAGGUACUCAAAGAUUUCAAAACUACGUAAUUAUGACAAGUCAAUGAUUACUGUGAAAUUUUGGCGCUUAGAUAUUUUCUAUAAGUAGCUUUCACAAAAGAACGACAAAUUAAAAACAUUUAUUAUUAAGAAGCUUAAUAAAUGAAUAGUAGGUACUAUCAAGGUUUCUUCACUACCUUUCCUGUGACAUACCUAAAUUAUUGUCUUUGUACAUAAAUUAUCAUGUUUAUUGUUACGAUGUAAAAAGGAUGUAAGAAAAAACUUUAAAUUAAAUCGACGUCUUU